AUGGGAAUAUCAUUUUCACAUGAAGACGAAUCAACGGAUCAGACGAGAAAUCAGCCAGAUCAGUUACUGAGUUGGGCUGCUGAGAUUGUGGUGCGACAACGAGAAGAAGAGCAGGAAGCACGAGCCGAGCGGAUUUAUCGAAAUAAUAAUCAGUCCGAAUCUCGGUUAUCAUCACAAUCAAGUUCUAACCUGAGUCAAAAUUCAAUUCGUCUAGUGACAAUGAGUCGAACGAAUGAGGUGCGUGAAAUUGCGAUUGAUUCGGAAAAUGAUAACGAAAGUGAUGACGGUGAAUACUCGACUGGUAUUCGUGGCAGAAAUAUAUUCGAAUCACAGACAUCGUCAAUCAGCAAUCAAUUCAACAAUAACAGUUCUCAUGAUAGUGAAUACUNGCCAAUGGUACUUCAUCUGCACAGUCGCAAUCAUCUAUUAAAUGAGAUCGAAUUACAUAGUGGUGCAUAUUCGGAACCAGUCAGUAUUGAAAGAUUAGUAUCGAACCGAGAAAUUGGCCUGCGCUAUGCGGGAAAAUGUCAGCCGAAAAAGGGCUGUCGUAGUCACCUCUAUUCAAGGCAUCCAACUCGUUCUGCGCUCUAUCCAUUUCAGUGUGCUAGCACUUUGAAUUCGUUAGUUUUAUUCAGAUUCUUUCCGAAUCGGAAAAAAGUUGUCGAAAAGAUUCGCACAAAAACGUUUUGUUGUCAAUAUCUACCUGAUGGUAAUGGUCUUCUAACGGCCAGUCAAGUAUAUCAGUGCAAAUUGGGUGGAGAUUCGGGCGAAGAUGAACGUUGGAGUACGUUGAUUCAAAAUCCAGGAGAUACUUACGGAAGAUUCGCAUUUUUCUCGUUGCGUUUCAAUUUUGAUGGAAGUGAAAUCGUCAGUGCCGGGUCGGAUGGGCGUUUGUACGUAUACGAUCGAGAAUCUGCAUCCAACGUUUUAAGUGUAUGA